GCGCGCGGGGCAGGCGAGCCGGGGGGCGGGCGGAGGACCAGGCCGCAGUUCGCGAGGGCCGGCGCCUGCUGCGAGCGCUCCCCUGGUCCUCGCCGCGCUGCAUCGCCGCGCCUCGCGCUGUCCGGCUGAAGGCGUGGACGCCACACGUGUCCUGCCCGCCCUGGGCACCUAGGGUGGACGGCAAAGCAAUCCGUGCACAUUGGCUCCUGGUCACUGUCGACUAAUAACCGACCCGCUGUUGUCUGUCUCUAAGCCUUCACCAACAUGUACGAAAUCCGGAGGAACCAACUGUACCAGCAGUUCGUGGUCACGGCCCCUGAGAUGCUGGCCUGCCUCUCCAGAUAUCUCAAGGUUUGCCGCAAGGCACGCGUUGCCCUGCCUAAGUGCAUCAGGGGCAUCUUUGAGCUUACGUGGGAGGAGCUCAUCACUGACGCUGUGGUAGCUACCCCGUUGGACAUCCCGGGCCUAGAGGUCAGCAUUGGAGCACAGCCCGUGGUGCCUGUGGGGUCGACCCCCAUCCCGGCCCCUGUCCGGUCGUCUCGACCACCAGUACUACGGCUGCAGAAGCUGCCGACGUCCAUUAGGCCAGCCAAGUUCUCCACCCACUCCCCCACCCCGCCCGUGGUGCCUAUGGAGUCGACCCCCAUCCCGACCCCCGUCCGGUCGUCUCGACCACCAGUACCACGGCUGCCAAAGGUGCCAGUAUCCACUAGGCCAGCCAAAUUCUCCACCCGCUCUCCCACCCCAGACGUGGUGCUUUUGGAGUCGACCCCCAUCCUGGCCCCCAUCCGGUCGUCUCGACCACUAGUACCACGGCUGCCAACAUACAGUAGGCCAUCCAAGUUCUCCACCCACUCCUCCCCCCAUGGCCACUUGGUGCCCAUUGCCCAGGAGGCACUGGUCAAAUUCCAGCAGAAGUCUCUCCGCCUGCUGACAGAGAUUGUCAAACUAAAGGUGACAGUCAUCGAGGAGUCUAUGUCUGUAGGUGCCAAAUCUCUGGAUGUCACAAAGCGCCUUGUAGGUGACAUCAAGGCCAAGGAGGUGGCUUUUAGCGGCCUGAUUGACUCAGUCAGGCGAAGUGGUUAUGGUGGACAGAUGGAGAAAGCCAUGGACGUGAACUCACCUCACCAGUUUACCUACAACCGCUCUACUCACCGUGUGACCUUUUCCUUCUCAACUGGAAGGGAGGUCAAGGAGGAAAGAGGUAACAGUGGUUUCCAGCAAGACCUCUUGACCUAUCUCGGGGGCUAUCCCUCCGGAAAGAUGGCCAUGUGUCAGAUCCCCACAUGUUGCAAAGGGAGAACCAUCACCUACCUGCUUGAUGACACACCCAACUUCUCCGUCCUGGCUCUGUUUGACGAUGAAGGCCAGGGCUGGGUUAACUACAACUUGAAGGACUGCUGCCCAUUUGUCUUGGUCUUGGAUGCGGGAGGUGGGACCACCUACGACUACAAGGGCUGUGUAGUCCACAAGUGGAGCUGGGCCUCCAAGAUGGAGACUUUGCUCUCCCUGGAAUAUAAGGUGAAUGAGCAAAUGAAGCUAACGGUGCUGGGGCAGGACUCCAUCGUGGUCACCUUCACCUCCAUGAAACAAACAGUUAGAGUAACUGUGUCGGCCAACGGCUGUCCCCAUGGGAUACCACAUUAUAAAAAGGUGAAGCACAGAAUCAACAGGGACGAGGAAUGGUGUGCGCUGAACCGGUCCGUGGUGUACACCAAGAAGCAGUUUCAGAAGACUCUGUCCCGGUUCAUAAAUUAUAUCUUGCUGGCAGCAGGCCUGAGAGAAAUCAGCCGACCCAGGCCCACUCAAAGGAAGACCAUCGUGAGUGAAGCCAAAGCCGCGGUCACACCCAGAGGGAAGGCGGGAGAGGGAAAGGUGCACAGCCUCACCGUGUGGAAGGCCUCGCCCUCCAACUGCCCACUGCUGCUGCAGAAGCUCCUGCAAAAGCAAGACAUCGGCCGCGGCUGCAGGUGCUUUGUAAAGCCACCCCAGGUGUGUGACCUGGAGCUGGCGCAGUUCCUCUCGGCGCCCCGUGACCCCACCCAGGUGAUGGUGUUGGGGAUCGUAGCAAGCCGGAACCCCACCAGCACGGCGGAGGAGCUCAACUGGCUUCUCAGUGAGAUGUAUUAUCGCCAGCAGUGGGGUCGUGGAUCACCCUGCAUCCAGUGCUGGCGUGACCCCUGCCGUCUUUUGCGGUAUGACCUGGACAGCCCCCUGCAGGAGGACCCGCCUCUGCUGGUGAAGAACAAUGCUGUGUUGCCGGGCAUGGUCCUGAUGUUCGCUGCGGGGAAGCUCCUUGUUCCUGGGGGCUUCCUUUGGCCCCGCUUAAGCAGGGAGAAUCUGCUGAGCUGGAUCGACCAGGCUCGACACAACUACGAGGGAGGCUGCUACCUGAGGGAGGACUACAAAUUUAGUUGCCCGUCCUCUGACACAGCAUCUGAAGAGAAGAAACCACCACACAAAGGACUUGAUUCCAAUGUAGUUCCCCAAACGGCGUUCCCGUGUCUGCUGGAGCCCACCAGAAGCCCGCCAGGGGCCCACUAGGAGCCCGCCAGGGACCCACAUUUCAGCAGAGCACCGGACUUGACCAGGAGCAGUGAUAGCUCGGAAACUCCACAGAUGGGACCUCUGCUGUGGUCGGGAUGGUGGGGCAGGGAGGAAGGGACCCUGACUGGGGCUGAGCUUGUCCCAGGACCCUCAUGAUGGCACUUGAAUCUCUUGAGUGGCUGUGAUGUGCAUCUGUUCGUGUAAUCCUCCACACAACUCUGUCGUGCCCGUUUUACAGGUGGGUAAGCUGAGGCUCAGAGGCAGAGGCAGCACUGGAAUGCAGGCUCUAGAGCCUGUGGGUGUAAGAACUGGGCUCCACAGUCUCAUGUACACAAUUGAUCCUCACCGGGGUUCUGGGAGGUAGGUGUUAGAACCCCCUCCUGGUCAUCCAGUUGGGUGAUUUUUAAUGAGCAGCUGCUACAUGCCAGGUCUUGGCAAUUUAAUGGUGAAAGGACAGGCAGAGCCCGACCCUCACUGAGUGUAUGAAUGAGGAGGUAAUCAUUUCUUGUCCUCCUCCUGUGGGUCAGGUGCUGCACUCACCUGUGUUAGCUGGUUUGAUGCCCACCCCAAUGCCUCCCACACUCGUAACCCCAUUUUCAAAUGGGAAGCUGCAGCUGGGAGUGGGACAAGGCCUGGCCCGUGACCCCACAGCCAGUCUGCAGUGGAGCAGGAUUUGAUCCAGGACUCCAUGCCCUGGUGACUGUCCCGCUGCCCUCAAACCCCCCCUGAGCUACUGAAGCCCUGGCUCCUCCCUGCCCAGCUGAAGCACAGAAUGAGCCCACCUCACACCCUCUCUCUCCACCCCACACCCUCACUCUUCUCUCUCCAUCGUGGUGCCCUCCUUUCCACCCUUUAAGCAUGCCACCUCAGGGCCUUUGCAUGGCCAUUUCCUCUGCCUGGAAGUCUCAUUCCGUGGAUCUCCAUAUGGUCAGCAACUUACUAUUGGUCAGUCUCAGCUCCUCAGAGGGGCGCCUGCCCUCUCCAUUCAUGUCGUCCUCCACCUCCAUGCCCAGGCCCUCACGAGCACAUCGCCUAUUUUAUUUUCCUCUUGGUGCCUAUUGCUACCUGGUGUUUGUUCAGUUGUAUUGUCUGUCUCCCUAAUGGAAUGCAAGGUUCAGGGUUCAGGUUCUAGUUCUAUCCCAACAAAGAGAGUGGCCUUGGGUAAGUCGCUUCCUUUCUGUCAACCUUAGUUUCCUCAUCUGUAAAAUGGGGAUACUGACACCUGUCUCAGCAUGUUGGCAAGGGUGCGAUGUGACAGUGGCAUGAUGCCCAGCAAACAGUAGGUGCAUAUCACACAGUAGGUGGUGUAAUAAAAGUGCACAUGACCAGUAACCCCCUUAAGGAAUGGUAAGGGACCUGAAUAGACAUUGCUCCAAAGAAGAUACACAAAUGGUCACUGAACACAUGAAAUACACUCGAUAUCACUAGCCGUUAGGGAAAUGCAAAUCAAAACCACAAGUACCACUCCACACCCACUAGAGUAGCUAUAAUGAGACAGAUAAUAAUGAGUGUUGGUGAGCAUGUGGAGAAAAUGGAACAUUCCUAGACUGCUGGUGGGAAUGUAAAAUGGUGCAGCCACUUUGGAAAACAGUCUGGCACGUCCUCAAACAGUUAAACAUGGAAUCACCAUGUGACUCAGCAACUCCCCCCCGGGUACGUACCCAAGAAAAAUGAAAACAAGUGUCCACACAAACAGUUGUUCAAGUAGCAUUAUUUACAAUAGUCAAAAAGUGGAAACAAGUGACAUGUAUACCAACUGAUGAAUGGGUGAACAAAACGUGUUCUAUCCAUACAUGGAAUGUUAUUCAGCCAUAAACAAGGAAGGAAGUGCUUAUACAUGCUAUAACAUGGAUGGACUUUGAAGAUAUAAGUGAAAGAAGCCAUCACAAAAUUAUACAUACUGUAUGAUUGCAUUUAUAUGAAAUGGCCAAUCUAUAAAGACAGAAACCAGAUUAGUGGUUGACUAGGGUAGGGAGAUGGGGAGGAGAUGGAGAAUGACUGCCACUAGGUACAGGGUUUCUUUUGGGGGUGGUGAAAGGGUUCUAAAAUUGGUUGUGGCAAUGGCGUACAACUCUGUGGUACUAACAACCGCUGAACUAUACGCUUGACAUGAGAGAAUUGUAUGUUAUAAAAGUCACCCCAUGAGGUAAAGUCUCUUGUUAGUACCAUUUUACAGACAGCUGACUUGAGGCAUAGAGAGAUGAGUUCAGAGGCCCAAGAUAACACGGUUAGUCAGUGGCAGGGCUGAGAUUAGAAGCCAGGCAGUUGGCCCCAGAGCCCAUGUUCUGAGCUACUUUUCUGUCUGACACCGAGACGAGUGUUAGAAUUCCUGGAAGGUAAGCUCUUGUAGCCUCUGACAACCUGACAGGAAGAGCUGCGGUCUGUUAGACGGCUGCCUCAUCAAGCCGUCCUUCCUCUGAGAUCAGCCCGCUCACUCACCCCCGUUUGUCAGAUGCGGACAGGCUCAGGGAGGGUCCAGCAACUUGGCCAGGGCCAGUUGACAGCGAGGCUUGGAUGCAAAUUCUCCCGUCUGACAGGCGAACCUUUGCUCUUUCUGCUCCUUGCAGCUGCCUCCUGGAAAGUGCAGCAAGGGCUCAUGGAACCUGGCACUUCCUUUACAGGUGGGGAAAUUGAGGCUCAGAGCAGGCAAGUGCUUGCCCACGGCUAGGCAGCCCUUGGGUCUCAGCUUCCCCCAGUGGGUGGAUACCCCCUCCAAGGUUCACUGCUGCUUUAUUGGGGGGGGGGAUUGAUGCUGUGAUUCCAAACGUUUUCCAUCCAACAAGACUUGUCUGCUCAAACAAGACUUCUUUUAUUUUUCUUUCUUCCUUUCCUUUUUUUUUGUGAGGAAGGCUAUCCAUGAGCUAACAUCAGAUGCCAAUCCUCUUUUUUGCUGAGGAAGAUUGGCCCUGGGCUAACAUCCGUGCCCAUCUUUCUCUACUUGA